CUAUUGCUUUUCUUUUUUCAUCCUUCUAGUCUUUCCCUAUUUUCCUAAAAUCCGCCACCAUGUCCAAAAAAGGCGGUAGGGAUCUUUCCCAGUUCAACUACGGGGCGAUGAGCUCCCUCGUAGUGAAUCAAGAUCGCUCAGUUGUGAGGAACGACGAACCUACAGGUGCUCCUGAGUCCCUUGUAGGACGUAUCGAUCCCAAAACUAUGGGUUCACGCGUACAGGCAACGGCACCUAAAGACCUUGAAAAACGAAAAGCUAAAUCCAAACUUACUUCUGCCGAUGAGGUCGAGCGCUCCAUCCGCCGAGCUCAAGAGAAAUCUCGCGCACAGUUCGGUACACAAGGCGUUCUAGAUACGGUAGCUGAAAUGGAGGGGUUGAGAUAUAGACCAAGAACAGCAGAGACAAGAGAGGUAUAUGAGUUGUUACUUGGGUUAACUCACACGAUUUUGGGCGACCAAACGCAAGAGGUCGUGAGAUCCGCUGCGGAUACAAUACUGGAAUCACUUAAGUCGGAAGAUUUGAAGGAGUUUGACAAACGAAAAGAUGUCGAAUCAGUACUUGGGCAGAUGGAUGAGUCUAUCUGGGCUCAGCUUGUCAGCUUGGGUAAGAAAAUUACAGAUUAUGUAGAAGAAGAGGAGGGUGGGGCAGAUGAAAGGCAACAAGCAGUAGAUCAAGAAGGCGUCGCGGUUCUUUUCGAGGACGAAGAUGAGGAAAGCGAGGAUGACUUUGAGAUUGGUGGUAACCCGUCAGACGAGGACGAGGAAGAGGAUGAAGAGGACGAAGAAGAGUCAGGAGCGGAAGCUGCUGAAGAUGAGCAAGAUGCGCUUGUCCUUGGUGGCAAAUCAUCGAAAAGGACUGCUACUACCGAUUCCGACAGGGUUUCUCCCCGUGACAUUGACGGCUUUUGGUUGCAACGUCUCAUUGCGUCCUACUAUCCUGAUCCUGUCCAAUCUUCCGACUUUACCUCCCAAGCACUCACUCUCCUCUCUUCGGAUGCCGAACUUCGAGAUCUCGAAAACAGUUUGGCUGAGAUGUUCGGUUACGAAAACUUCGACUUAGUCGCCAAGUUAACGAAGAACAGGGACGUCAUAGUUUGGUGUACGAAGCUUGCGAGGAGUAACGAGGAUGAGAAGCAGGAUGUCGAGGUUGCUAUGCGAGAGAAGGGUGUUGGAUGGAUUCUCCGAGAGUUGCGUGGUAUUGCCAAGAAGCCCGACCACGUGUCUACUUCUGUUGUUAUCCCCAAAACCGCCACCAUUCAGCCUGGUACCAUUGCCCAGCCUCGCAAGACCAUCGACAUCGACUCCCUCAUUUUCAGCGAAGGUGGUCAUCUCCUUACGGCCAAGAAGGUCCGUCUUCCUGAAGGGUCUUUUAAGCGUCAGAUGAAGGGCUACGAGGAAAUUCAUGUGCCUGAGCCAAAACGACGUGAGCCUGUCGUAGGUGAAUUGGUGCCGAUUACCAAGAUGCCGGAAUGGACAUGGCCUGUAUGGGAGAGCGUGAAGACUAGGGAAUUGAACGUAAUUCAGAGCAAGGUGUUUCCUAUUGCUUGGGGAACAAAUGAGCCGAUGUUAAUUUGUGCUCCUACGGGUGCGGGAAAAACCAACUGUGCUGCCCUGACCAUUCUUCGAGCGAUCUCUCAAUUCCGCGACGAGGCCACUGGUUUCAUUGACAAGGACGCCUUCAAGAUUAUCUACGUCUCUCCCAUGAAGGCUCUUGUUCAAGAACAAGUUGACGCGUUUUCCAAACGUUUCUCUUCACUCGGUAUUCAUGUCGCAGAGUUGACUGGUGAUAGCCAGUUGACAAAGCAGCAAAUCUCUGAAACUCAGAUCAUUGUAACGACCCCCGAGAAAUGGGAUGUCAUCACCCGAAAGAGUACUGACACCAGCUACACCAACCUCGUGAGGUUGAUUAUCGUCGAUGAGAUUCAUCUUUUGCACGAUGACCGAGGACCUGUUUUGGAAAGUAUUCUUUCGAGAACCAUCAGAAAGAUGGACCAGACACACGAUGAUGUCCGUGUCGUUGGCUUGUCUGCGACAUUGCCAAAUUAUAAGGAUGUUGCAACCUUCCUUCGUGUCGAUCCCAAACAAGGACUCUUCUACUUUGACGCUUCUUACCGUCCCGUCGGUCUCAAGCAACAGUUUAUCGGUGUCACUGAGAAGAAGGCAAUCAAGCGUUUGCAAACCAUCAACGAGGUCUGUUACGAAAAGGUUCUCAACUACGCCGGCCGAUCUCAGACUCUUGUAUUCGUCCACUCUCGAAAGGAAACCGCCAAGACUGCCGCGUUCCUCCGUGAUACCGCUAUGGAAAAGGAGACGUUGACUCAGUUCAUUAACCCUGAGGGUGCCUCGCGUGAGAUUCUUAUCCAAGAAGCCGCUCAAUGCAAGGAUGCCAAGCUCAAGGACCUCUUGCCCUUUGGUUUCGGUAUCCACCAUGCCGGUAUGUCUCGAGAAGACCGUACUACUGUCGAGCAAUUGUUUUUCGAGGGUCACAUCCAGGUUUUGUGCUGUACCGCUACGCUGGCUUGGGGCGUUAACCUUCCUGCCCAUACCGUUAUUAUCAAAGGUACCCAAGUGUACAACCCCGAAAAGGGUAAAUGGUCCGAGCUCUCACCUCAAGACGUCCUUCAGAUGCUUGGUCGUGCUGGUCGACCACAAUUCGACACUUAUGGUGAAGGUAUCAUCAUCACCAACCAUGGAGAAUUGCAGUACUAUACAAGUUUAAUGAACCAACAGUUGCCGAUUGAGAGUCAGUUUGUGAGCAGGAUGGUUGAUAACUUGAAUGCCGAGAUUGUGCUUGGAAAUGUCAGAAAUAGGGACGAAGGUGUACAGUGGUUGGGCUAUACUUAUUUAUAUGUGCGAAUGUUGGAGUCUCCCAAGCUGUAUAACGUGGGCGCAGACUACCAGGAGGGCGACGACGCGCUCGUUCAGAAGCGAGCCGAUCUAAUCCAUUCCGCUGCUGUCCUUCUCGAAAAGGGAGGUCUCGUUCGCUAUGAUCGUGCUACUGGUGUUUUCCAGUCUACUGAUCUUGGCCGUAUUGCCUCUCACUACUACAUUGCGUACUCUUCAAUGUCUGUGUAUAACAAGCACCUUAAACCUAACAUGACCAUGAUCGACCUCUUCCGAGUGUUUGCUUUGAGCAACGAGUUCAGGCUGAUUCCUGUCAGGCAAGAAGAGAAGCUCGAAUUGGCCAAGUUGCUUGAGAGGGUGCCGAUACCCGUGAAGGAAGGUGUGGACGAGUCUGUGGCCAAGGUGAAUGUGCUUUUGCAAGCAUAUAUCUCACAGCUUAAGCUCUCCGGAUUUGACAUUGUCACGGACAUGGUUUUCAUCCAACAAUCUGCUGGCCGUAUCAUUCGCGCCAUGUUUGAAAUCUGCCUCAAAAAGGGCUGGGCUCAACCCAUGCGAGCUGCUCUUGACCUGUGUAAAAUGGUUGAGAGAAGGAUGUGGAAGUCUAUGACUCCCCUCAGGCAAUUCCCAAGGAUCAAUCGUGAGAUUGUUCAGCGUGCAGAAAGGAAGGACUUCCCUUGGUACAGGUACUUUGAUCUUGACGCCGCUGAACUAGGAGAGUUGAUUGGCUUGCCCAAGAGCGGAGCGUACAUUCAGUCUCUUGUUCACAAGUUUCCCCGACUUGAUCUUCAAGCUCACGUCCUUCCUCUCACUCGAUCUCUUCUCAAGAUCAACGUCACUCUUACUCCUGACUUCCAGUGGGAUCGCAAUGUACAUGGCGCCAGCCAAGCCUUUUGGAUCAUUGUAGAGGACGUGGAUGGCGAGAAUGUCCUUUAUCACGACCAGUUCAUCUUAAGAGAAAGGUUCGCGGAGGAUGAGCAUUACGUGACCAUCACCGUCCCCAUCUCUGAGCCUGUGCCUCCCAACUACUAUCUGUCUGUCAUUUCUGAUAGGUGGUUACAGGCGGAGAGCAAGUUGCCCAUCUCAUUCGCUCACUUGAUCAGGCCCGAACCAUUCCCUCCUCACACUCCUUUGCUGGAACUCCAACCUUUGCCGAUUACAGCCCUUCACAACAAGGCUUUUGAAUCUCUUUAUCCUUUCGAGCAUUUCAAUAAGAUCCAAACUCAAGUCUUCCAAGCUCUUUUCACUACUGACGACAAUGUCUUUGUCGGUGCGCCUACAGGAAGCGGAAAAACUAUUUGUGCGGAGUUUGCGUUAUUGAGGCUUUGGAGCAAGAAGGGCAAGGAUGUGCCAAGGGCGGUGUGCAUUGAGCCUUACCAGGAGAUGGUGGAUACUCGGGUGGCGGAGUGGUCCAGCAAGUUUGAGGGAUUGGAGAAGGUGAUCGUCGCCCUCACCGGAGAAUCAACAGCCGAUCUGGCGCUAUUGCGAAAAGCGGAUGUUGUCGUCUGUACUCCUUCGCAAUGGGAUUUGCUUUCUCGACGAUGGAAGACAAGGAAGGAUGUACAGAACAUCGGGCUGCUGAUCGCCGAUGAGCUUCAACUGAUCGGCGGUGAUGUGGGUUCCACCUACGAAGUGAUUGUUUCCAGAACGAGAUAUGUAUCUCAGCAGACGGGAAUCACCACCAGAAUCGUAGCCUGCAGUGUGAGCUUAAGCAAUGCUAGGGAUUUGGGUGAUUGGAUCGGAGCUGGUAGCCAAACCGUGUUCAACUUUUCUCCCGCCGCUCGACCUCUCCCUCUCGAGGUGCAUUUGCAGUCUUUCAACGUGCCUCAUUUCCCCUCUCUCAUGCUUGCAAUGGCCAAACCCGCCUAUCUUUCUAUGGUGGAACACUCUGCUGGCCGACCUACCAUCUGCUUCGUCGCCUCGCGCAAGCAAUGUAAGCUCACUGCCAACGACAUCCUUACGUACUGCCUUGCGGAUGACGAUGAGACUCGAUUCCUCAAUGUUGAGAGAGAAGAUUUGGAGCCGCAUUUGGAGAGGUUGAGCGACGAGGAUUUGAAGGAGACAUUGAGGUACGGUAUUGGAUAUUAUCACGAGGCUCUGAGCAAGUUGGACAAAAAGAUUGUCACUACAUUGUUCGAGGAGGGAGCUAUCAAGGUGCUUGUGGCAUCUAAGGGCACCGCUUGGAGUCUUCCUGCGACUGCUUAUAUGGUCAUCAUCAUGGGUGUCCAAUACUUCGAUGGCCAGGAGCACCGAUACGUGGAUUAUGCCAUCGCCGAUAUCCUCCAAAUGAUGGGCCGAGCCUGUCGCCCAAUGAUUGACACCUCUUCUCGCUGCGUGUUGAUGUGUCAGCAGACCCGAAAGGACUUCUUCAAGAAGUUUUUGAAUGAGGCAUUGCCUGUCGAAUCAAGUUUGCCCAGCUACUUGCAUGAUCAUUUCAACGCCGAGAUUGUAGCCAGGACGAUCGAGAAUAAGCAGGAUGCUGUUGAUUGGUGUACUUGGACCUGGUUCUACAGGAGGUUAAUGCAGAACCCCGGGUUUUACAACCUACAGGGCACCACGCCUACUCACAUUGGCGAAUACCUCUCUGAACUUGUCGAAACCACCUUGAAUGACUUGGUCAACUCGGACUGCAUCAUCAUCCAAGAUGAUAUGGACACGCUUCCCAACAAUUUGGGUAUGAUUGCAUCCUUUUACUACAUCUCAUACAUCACCGUCGAAAUUUUCUCUCAAUCCAUCAAGGAAACUACCAAACUCAAGGGCUUGCUUGAAAUUGUCUCUUCAGCGCAUGAGUUUGAGACCGUUCCGAUCAGGCACCAUGAAGACACUCUUCUUGAGAGGAUUUACGACCGUGUGCCCGUCAAGGUUGCUAAAGUGGAUUACAACUCACCCUACUUCAAGACUUUCCUUCUGCUUCAAGCUCAUUUCAGCCGCACGACCCUUCCUCCCGACUUGGCUAUCGAUCAGUCUACCAUUCUUGGCAAGGUAACCGGUCUUCUUUCAGCCGCUGUAGAUGUUAUGUCCAGCAAGAGUUUGCUUGGAUGUUUGGGUGCGAUGGAUCUUAGUCAGAUGUGUGUGCAGGCAAUAUGGGAUAGGGAUUCGCCUUUGAAGCAGGUGCCCUACUUUGACGCCGACGUCCUUGGGAGGUUCAAGGCCAAGGGUUUGGACUCCGUGUAUGACAUUAUGGAGUUGGAAGAUGAUGAAAGGAAUGAUUUGUUGAGGAUGAGUGACAGGCAGCUUGCGCGGGUUGCCAAGUUCGUCAACUCUUAUCCUAAUAUUGAGGUUUCUUACGACGUCGAAGACGCCUCUUCUCUUACCUCUUCCGACCCUGUCGUGCUCAAUAUUACUCUCGAUCGCGAAGCUGACGAAGGCAAUCCUGAAGACCAAGUGGCCGAUGCACCACACUUCCCUCAUAAGAAGAUGGUCUCAUGGUGGCUCGUGGUGGGUGACGAAAAGACCAAGUCGUUGUACGCCAUCAAGAAGGUCACUGUUAAGGCGACACUCAAGACUAAGCUCGAAUUCACGCUCCCCGAGGGAGAGUGGAAUUUGAAGCUGUUCUUGAUCUGUGAUAGCUAUGCUGGAGCGGACCAGGACUUUGAUAUCGAGACUCUUAAGGUAGUGGAAGGAGAGAGCUCUGACGAGGAGUCAUCAGAGGAGGAGAUGGAGGUGGAUAAUUAGAGAUGUGUUUUUUAUUUGAAAUCUGAAGUGAAAAGUGUAAUUGAUAUCCAUUUUCCAUGCAUGCGUUUCUGAAGAUUCGUUAUACUAAAAA